AUGGCUUGCUGCGCCCCCUGCUGCUGCAGCGUCCCCACCGGCCCUGCCACCACCAUCUGCUCCUCAGACAAGUCCUGCCGCUGCGGGGUCUGCCUGCCCAGCACCUGCCCACACACCAUCUGGCAGCUGGAGCCCACCUGCUGCGACACCUGCCCCCCACCCUGCCACAUUCCUCAGCCCUGUGUGCCCACCUGCUUCCUGCUGAACUCCAACCAGCCAAGACCAGGCCUGGAGAACAUCAACCUCACCACCUUCAUCCAGCCCCAGACCUGCUGUGAUCCCUGCCUCCCACGUGGCUGCUGA